AUGCCUCCAAGUCGACAUUCGAGAAAACACCAUCGGGGAAGCUCAGUGAAUAUUCCAGACCUUGUCCCGCGCCUCCCUGCAGCCCCACAGACAUCAUGCCCUCUCUUUAGCGUUAUUCCCGCUGAAAUCCGCAAUCGUAUUUACGCCCUCUCGCUUGAAUCCGAAGAUAUUACCGUGGAUAACAGCCCGCGGUCACUCUACCAGCGAAAUGCAUUUUACUAUCGACCCGGAUACAAGCAGCCUAAGCGUAUCGAGAGCGGUCUCCUCCAGACAUGCCAGCUGAUAUACGCCGAGGCAUCGCUGCUCCCACCAGGAAUCAAUGAGCAUACUUUCUGGUUCUAUCGAUCUCCACCGCAUGUUAGAGAUGCAUCAUCGCCGCUGGAUUACUUCCGCAAGAUGACGCCGAAACAACGAGCGCAGGCGAAUCACAUCCAUCUCUUCACACAGCAGUUUUUCUUGGAGGAUGAUCGGUGGUCAGAUAUCUGGAAUGGACUACAGAUGGGUAAUGAUGGUCGCAGGUUGCGCGGCGCAUGUAGAAUUGCGCCUAGGAAGUUAACCAUUACUCUUCGCCACACGGACUGGUGGUACUGGGAGAAUAACGACCCCCUCGGCAUCGACCCGUUUCGACCCGGCAGAACCCGCGCGAGCCAGAUGGGCAAGCCCGUCCACCACUGGCAGAAUAAUCCCUCCAGGUCACCCUGGGGCACCCAGUUCAACUCGAUUCCUAGUCUGGAAGAACUCGUGAUUGAAUUCGAGACCAUCAUGCGAAAGAGAGACCAGCUCGAUGCCAUCAUCCAGCAAGCGCUCCAGUGGAAAUUUCCCCUAGACGCAGAUAAGUCGAUUUAUUUGGUUGCCGAACCGAUAUCAAUCAGCGCAUAUACCUGGGUAGGGGCGAAAGAGGGAGAUCUGAAGAAACAAAGACCUGCUAUGCGCAUCCCGCCUUUGUUUCCCGGAGCAGAGCUACAUUCUUCCCAGAUGCCUGAACAAGAGCCAGAGCCAGAGCAAGUCCAUCUUGCACCAACUCUGAAACCAUUUGAUCCUCAAUCACAUUCCACAGCUCACAGUGGAACCACCACUGGCGGCCGUUUGGCCUCGGAACCGGACACGGAGGAGUUCUAUGUCGUCUUUUUGACAUGGAGGAAGCAACUGGUCAAAGAAUAA